CCUUAUGAAUGUAACAAGUGUGGAAUGUCUUUCAUCCAGAAAUCAAAGCUUACUGUUCACCAGAGAACACACACAAAAGAGAAACCUUUUGAAUGUAACAUUUGUGGAAAGUCUUUCUCCUGGAAGGCAUAUCUUACUAGACACCAGAGAACACACACAGGAGAGAAACCUUAUGAAUGUAACAUGUGUGGAAAGUCUUUCUCCUGGAAGGCAUAUCUUACUAGCCACCAGAGAACACACAAAGGAGAGAAACCUUAUGAAUGUAACAUGUGUGGAAAGUCUUUCACCUGGAAGACACAAAUUACUGUUCACCAGAGAACACACACAAAAGAGAAACCUUUUGAAUGUAACAUUUGUGGAAAGUCUUUCACCGAGAAAUCGAAGCUUACUUGCCACCAGAGAACACAUACUAGAGAGAAACCUUAUGAAUGUAAUGUGUGUCAAAAGUCUUUCACCGAGAAAUCAAAGCUUACUCGCCACCAGAGAACACACACAAAAGAGAAACCUUUUGAAUGUAACAUUUGUGGAAAAUCUUUCUCCCGCAAGGCAUAUCUUACUGACCACCAGAGAACACACACAGGAGAGAAACCAUAUGAAUGUAAGAUGUGUGGAAAAUCUUUCACCAAGAAAUCAAAUCUUAAUCUCCAUCAGAGAACACAUACUAGAGAGAAACCUUUUGAAUGUAACAUUUGUGGAAAGUCUUUCUACUGCAAGGCAUAUCUUCCUCUGCACCAGAGAACACACACAGGAGAGAAUUCUUAUGAAUGUAAGAUGUGUGGAAAAUCUUUCACCAAGAAAUCAAAUCUUAAUCUUCAUCAGAGAACACAUACUAGAGAGAAAACUUAUGAAUGUAACUUGUGUUGAAAGUCUUUCACCCAUAAAGGAAACCUUACUGUGCACCAGAAAACACACACAUUAGAGAGACCUUAUGAAUGUAACAUGUGUGGAAAGUCCUUCUCUUGGAAGUCAAGCGUCAAUGUCCAUCAGAUAAUACACACAGGAAAGAAACCUUAUGAAUGUAACAUGUAUGGAAUGA